CCCUUUCCGCCUCCGGCCGCGCGAGAGGAGCCGCCGCCAUGUCCGCGCACCUGCAGUGGAUGGUCGUCCGCAACUGCUCCAGCUUCCUCAUCAAGAGGAACAAGCAGACCUACAGCACCGAGCCCAACAACCUCAAGGCCCGCAACUCCUUCCGCUACAACGGGCUGAUCCACCGCAAGACGGUGGGCGUGGAGCCGGCGGCCGACGGCAAGGGCGUGGUGGUCGUCAUGAAGCGCCGAGCCGGCCAGCGGAAGCCGGCCACCUCCUACGUGCGCACCACCAUCAAUAAGAACGCGCGGGCCACGCUCAGCAGCAUCCGCCACAUGAUCCGCAAGAACAAGUACCGGCCUGACCUGCGCAUGGCCGCCAUCCGCAGGGCCAGCGCCAUCCUGCGCAGCCAGAAGCCGGUGAUGGUGAAGAGGAAGAGGACCCGCCCCACCAAGAGCUCCUGAGCAGCCCCCCAGCAAUAAAGGUGUCCCCUGACUCCACCACCUCGCCUGCGCGCC